AGGCAGCAAGCCUGCGAGCAGGUAGAGUGACAAUGAGAUCCCAGGGGAGCGACAGAGAGUCCGGGAGAUAAACUUUUGAGACGGCGUCAUAACUGUACACUCUGUCUCAGGACCCUAACGACGUGCAGUUGGGACUACAUGGAGGCUGGACUGCUAUUCUUUCACACGUUUCGGGGUGUUUUUUCCCGUUUACUUGAUUGUAAUUUUGAUGAGCGAUUCAUUUUCCCCUGCGUGCUCUCAGGAGGGUCGGCUCUAAUUUCUCAAUGUGCUGCGGAGGCUCUCUGAAGUCGGGGGCGACGGGGAAAGCCUGCCUCCUUUUCGUUUAAUUAAGGAGCGACUGCAGAACGUCAGUUAAUGGCAGGCUUACAGAAGCCGCUUCGGCGUCUGAGCCAGUUUAGUUACAAAGUUAUAAGCUCAGCAAGAAAACUGUCCGUUUGUUCCGGUUAAUAAUUAGAUAGAACCGAGAACACAGCCGAGCAGCUUCUUCGAGGAUUACUUUUUCACAAUUCCCCGGCUGUAAAACACAUUGCACAACUUUUCGGCUUCGGGUUUUAUCCGCCAGCAUGGCUCCCAACUCUCCGGCGGCAACCUGUAUCCCAGCCUUUGAAGUUCAAGCCGUGACUCUCGAGCGUUUUCGGUGGAUUUAUCCAGAAAAUGCGGCGCCCACGGGACGGGCUCGCUUCUUCUGACACUUUCACCCAGCUCGUGUUUGCUCACACAAUGUGACUGAAAGACGCGGCGGAAUUACGUCUUACUGCAAUAUAAAGCACAAGUCGGAUAUAUGACCGGGAUUUGAGCCAGUGGAGAGGGAUAACUACGCCAGUUCAUCUCUGAGGAAAACAACCUGCGAGCGAGGAGAGCUGAGUUUUUGGUGUGAUGCAGAGCGGCGUUUUUGGAAAUCAGUGCACGCUUCAGGUUCCUUCAUGCUGCAUUGGAGUUUCCACCUCUCACUUUAAUAAACACUGGAUGCAGGUUCAUUUAGGCCUGCUUACAUCGGCUCUAGAUUCUCUACCAUAACCUGCAGUGUUUUAUAUAUGUAUAUGUAUUUUAACCCAGAUGCUGAAUGGAAGUUUAAGGAGUUCUAAUGGAAGCCCUUCAUCAUUAACAGUUUGGAUUAUAGCUCAUUUCUUCAGCAGAUAGUUUACUGAGGUAGGGGGAAAAAAAAUAAAGAAGAAGUGGGACCUGUUCAUAUAGGCUAGGUUGAUAUUUCUGACAAAGUCCACCAUGUGCGGCCGGGCACCGCCGCUCCAGCCGAGGCCAUGACCGUCCCUCUGCGGCGCCUCGCCGGGCUCUGGCCGUGGCUGCUCAUGGCGGCCCUGCAGGUGGUGCUGGGCCAGCCGAGCAUGGAAUCGGGACUCCGAGCGGUCAUCAACGUGACUCUGGUGAAGGAUCCCACGGGGAAGCCCAUCGUUCUGAAAGGGGAGUUCGUGGGAGGAAGUGCAGGCAAUGCGCAAGGGAAGCUGAAGCAGUAUCACCCUGUGUCUCUGUGCAACACAAGCGAGGAUGAACGACAAGACAGCGGCUUCAUCACCAUCGUCAAGCUGGAGCAAUUAGGUCCCCACUGCUCGCCGCUGCUGGAUAAGGCUCGCAUAGCGUUGGAAAGGGGAGCCCAAGCUGUUAUCUUCGACGUCAGCGACGUUGCCAUCGCAGAUGCCGAGCUGAAGAACACAGACUCCCUCCCCCAUCCAGUGGUGCUGAUUAAGGGAGCGGAUGCUAAGAAGCUGAUGAAUCUGGUCAACCACAAUGAGGAGGCUACAGUUGUUAUUGAGGCCAAGGUGGAGCCCAAAUGGCCGCAUUAUGAUGUGAGCAUCCUGCUUACCAUCGUCCUGGUUAUCCUCACCAUCGUUCUGAUCUUUGCUUUCCGCUACAAGUGCAAGUCCAACAGAACUUGGGACUCCGUCCAUCAGCAGACAAUGCGGGCCAUCAGUCGGCUGGAGACCAGAAUCUACCGCUCCCAGAGCUGCUCCGGCUCACAGCGCCACCGUGGGGCGUGGGGCUCGGCCAGCAGCUCUAACUCGAGCCCCGUCUGCGCCAUCUGCCUGGAGGAGUUUCAGGACGGCCAGAAUCUGAGGAUCAUCUCUUGCGCUCAUGAGUUCCACAGAGACUGUGUGGAUCCCUGGCUGAUGCAGCACCGCACCUGUCCUCUCUGCAUGCACAACAUCAUGGGAACGGAGCGUCAGCCUCAGAGAAACAGAAACCAGCAGAGCUCAGAGCAGAGCCAGAGCUUCUUGCACCCGCAGCAGUACAGCAACCCUCACAGCCACCCGUUCCCCCAGCACGCCAUCCCCUUCUCCAUGAGGCCCCACUACCCCCGCGGUCCCUCUGGACCCUACCCCAACCUGGGCCACUACAGCGGCUCGUCUCCUAUGGACGCUCAGACCCUCCACUUCCUCAGCAGUCGGCAGCUGGGUGCCGGCUGCGGGUUCCACCUCCCAAUGGACGUUCCGGGGCGACCCCACAGGCUCGGAACCGGCUGUCGGACCUCUGCCCAUCACUAUGCGUCCCGCCGCUCCUGCCACACUUACCGCUCCUCCUGUCAGGCCCAGCGGAACGCAUCCGGCUCCAGGCUGCAGCAUGGUGCCUCGGCGGCAGCGCAGAGCCGUGGUGUGGCGGGCAACGGCCGGCAGGACGAUGGGAGUUGCUCUGGAGGCAGCUACCACACGGAGCGCAGCGGGUACCUGGCGGACGGGCCGGCCAGUGACUCCAGCUCGGGGCCUUGGCACGGUUCCUCCAGUGACUCUGUCCUGAACUGCACGGACGUGUCCCUGCAAGGCGUUUAUGGCAGCUGGUCCACCUUCCGCAGCUCUCUGAGCAGUGACUACGAUCCGUUCGGGUACUUCGGGACGGGGCCGGCGGCCGGAGUGGGGAGUGGGCACGCCCCACGCAGGAACAGUCUGGAGGCCACGGCCCAGAACCGGCCUAAGUCUCUGGAUUCUGUUGUGAACAAAGCAGGCUGCCUGGAGGAGCAGCCGCAGACUGUUUUCAGCCACAUCCACUACCACCGCCACAGACAUCACCACUAUGAGGAGGGGGAGCACGGCCAGCGGCCGAGCAGGUGCUCAGAUGAGGAGCAAGGGGCCGCCGCCUCCGCUCCGAGUCAGGACAAAGACUCCCCGGCGUGCCCUCCAAAACACAGCCCCUGCCACUGCCCCAAGCCAGAGCCCACCGACCGACCCAGCCCGGGGACGGAGCGGCAGGACCUCGACCAAACGGGACCGCCGGUCAUUGUUCCCCCGAUCCCCCUGCAGCUGCAGCCCCACUGUUGCCACCAGGGCCACGGACACCCCCCUGCUCCUGUAGUGGGGGGCUGUCUACUUGACGGACCCUCCGUUCACUUUCACCAGAGCCUGGACCUGCAGGACGACCGCAGCAUCCACAUCCACUACGGCCAGAGCCCGGCCUACUGCUGCACGCCGCCCGAGCUGCACCCGGCCCUGCUCCCCGUGCCCCUCAUCUUGGACUCGGCGGGCAUAGAGGAGUGGCCGUGCUGUGGGGGGGCUCACGUUGUCUGGCAGAGACAGGUGCAGCAGGCUCACUCAGAGCCUCAGCUUAUGGGGCCCGGGACCUCAAUGGACAGGCCCCCCUGCAGGUUCCACCAGGGGCCCUCUGCUGAGCGCAACACGGACAUUUGUUUAUACUGCCAAUCGAUACACCAUAAUCAGGGAUCAGAAGAGGAGUCUGGGGUGUAAGAAACUAUCUCGUCCCUUUCGCUGCCCAGGAGCCAGAACGGAAAAAGUUCUUACAAAAUCCACCAGUAACGCCUUCACUCAAGCAAAAGUCCCAGCUGCCUUAGGAGGACGCUCAUCCUCAAAUAGUGAAAUUAUCUUAAUUUUGUAAUAAAAAAACAAACAAAAAAACUAGAAUAUUUGAUAUAAUAUAUAUACUUUAUGAUUUGAAUGUGUGAAGAUAGGAUAGGGUGUUGCAGGGGAAACAACUCUCCUGGUCAGACGCAGGAGGAUUGUUCACAUGGUCGCAGUUUCCCAAGCUCCUCGGCAACCGCCACCCAACGAAUGGUCCUGCUUUGGGCGUCGAGCCCACAUGAAGUGCAUCACUUGCUCUUUUUUUCUUUUUUUUUAAUACAAAGCAACUUGAUUUCUCGUAGAGGUACUUCCCUUUCUCUGCCUUCCUUCGCUGAGUCCGCUCUCAGCUGAGAAAUGCUUUUCUCUCCAGCCUACCUCAGCUCAGAUUUUCUUAACACGCCUCACACAAAGAGAGAGGGUGGGGGGGACAGAGGAGAGGUCUUUAAAGGUACUGCUGUAGUGUUUUGUUUUAUAUUCCUAUGUAGCUUCCACAAACUCAACAGGUAGUAGUUCCCUCUCUUGGCAGUCUGGAUUGUUCAAACGGAGAGAGAAAGUUUUUCGAUGCUCAGCCCCCCUACAAACGACUAGCAUCCUCUGAGGUCGCUCAGCCUCGUUUUUAUUAUUUCAGUAAUGGCAGCUGUUUCUUUUUUUGUUUUUUUUUGUCCUCUUCUCUGUUUUUGAUGUUGUUUGCAAGGUUUUUAGUUCUUCAAAACCCACCGGUUUGACUGAAUUAUGUGAUGGUCAUUACAAGCUAUUGUCAUGUUCUUUUUUUUUUUUUGUCAUUUCUCUUCGUCAGAAGGAUGGCGAUCACAUCUUCGGUUUUAUUUUUAUCUUUUUUAACUCACCUUGACGUUAUGCUGUUUGCUGCAAAGGUUAUGCUUUCCCCUCGUCUUCCACAACCUCUGAAACAAAACGUAAUUGCCUUGUAGCGCAACUGGUGUAAAAUCAUGUAACGGUACCUUGAAAAAUGUUCACCUGGUCGAAUCUGUUCACUUUUCUCAUGCCGCAAACUCAAACUUCAGUGGAUUUUAUGGGGUGUUUUUUGUGUUGGAUCAACAAAGAAAGCAGUAAGAGGGCGGGGCGGGGGGCGCAUGUGUUUGGCCUUGUUCACUCUUAACUGCAUUUCCAUUGACCAUAUAAUAGCAAAAUUUGGCAUUUCGAAGAUAAAUCUGCUUAAUGGAAACACGGCAAUUUCGAAAAAACAUUUUGCUGCUAGGGUGAGGCGGGUUUUGGCCGUAUCGAAAUUGGUUUAUUUCGCAAAACUGCAAUGGAAACACCGUUAUCACAUCACACGUGUCACAUGAUCAAUAACCAGAUAACAAUUGUUGUGGAAAGAAACUAUUUUACCAAGCACUGUCAGGUGAAAUCACUCAAUCAGGUUUAUUCAUAUAUUGUGCACAAUACAGAGAGCUUGUAGGACAAUCAAUAAUGAAGCAGGUCUGGGUGAAAAGCUCUGCCAGGCAGAGACAACACUUGAAUUUUACACCAAGGAUAAGGAAUUCAAAACAAGGGGCGAGACAGUCUGGUUCUGAUGCAGCUGUAGAAAACAACUGCCAAUCUUGUACAGGGUUUGGUGAGAGUUCACAAGCAUUUAAUAUAACAUGAUCAGCAGAUGUUAACUUGUAGUAAUUUUCCACCACAUUUUCCCUCCUUUUGAUUAUGAGUUAAUAUGUAAUAUUUACUAUCUUUGUUUGUAAAAAUGAAAAGAAAUUCUUCCACUUCGCAAUAAUUCGCCACUUUGUGUUGGUCGAUCACGUAGAAUGCCACUGAAAUACAUUGAAGUUUGCUGUAAUGUGGGGGGUGAAUACUUUUGCAUGGUACUGUACUUUUAUCAGUUCAUCUGAUUCUGUGCUGUGGCACCACUUCUAUAAGAGCUUGAUAACAGUACAGAAGAAAACACUUGGCAUUUGGAAAGAAAAUCCAUCUUGAACUUGGCAACACUUUCAAUUGAAGAAAUUUUAACUGUCAACAUGUUGUUGUUUUUUUUCUUUAGGUGUAAAAACGCUAUAAACAAUUGUGAUUGAGAUAGUUGUUCCCACUUAUUCUGAUUUAUCCGUUGACAAGUGGAGGGGGGAAAAAAAAAAGUGCAUUGCUAAAAUACUAAACCAUACAGGAGAAAGUCAGUCUCACUUCAACAUUUGAAUCUGGACUUUCUACUUAACUCCAGCAGAAAUAAGCUGAGAUCAAACCAAUAAUAAUCACAUCCUCUGAAAGGCUCAGUGAGUAUGUGAAGGGAUUUAUUUUUACUUUAUUUUAUUUGUUUUGUAACUUUUGGGCAGACCAGCUGCGGCUGAAUAAGGGCUUGUGGAAACUGCAGCGCAACUAGUAGCACUUACGAAACCCUCACGUGUGCCUUAUUGAUUCAGACUAAAAUCAGGAAGCUCCCGACGACAACGACAGCUCUUACCUGCCUAACCAAAGAGGCAAAAAAAAAAUCUUGAACUCAGUGAACCCUGCUGUUAUGCGUAGUGCCUUCUCGUUUUCUCGCCCUUCCUUUGAAUUUCUUCUUGCGCCCGACAAGAGAGCACAUGUUCAGAUAGACGUGGUAAUAAUUUUGGGCAAUCAUGCAGAAUCUAUCACCUGUAGUCCUUCUUACAAAUACCUCACUUUGAAUGUGCCUUUAGCUAAUGUAUGGGGUGGGCGACUUUUGCUUUUUUUUUUUUUGUUCCCAAACAGUCCCAGGGACUGACAUGGAAAUGACUGAAUUAUAAUAAGCACUUUGGCCUUAAGAUUUUAUACCGAAAUGAGUUUGAAAUUCCUAGUAUUAGUGCAAGCCAGCCCACAACCAUCAGCAUGUGAAGAGUAGCAUUUACCACAGAACAUCUGGCACGAUUUCAUCCUUGUUCAAGAUCUUUCUCUUUGUGUUGUUUAUGUGUUUUUGUUUUUGUUUUUUUUUUGUAAGAGUUAUGAGCUGAAACUGCCUUUUGUAAUAGAGUCAAGAGAAAGAAAAAGAAAGAAAAAGCGGUCCCUCUAGAACGUUAAGGGAUAAUGUCAGUAUAUUUUGGAUACUUUGUGUACAAAAGAGAACAACAAAACCCAGAGACAAGAUAGUGUUGUAUUUUAUAUAUAUAAUAGAACAUUUCAAUAUAGUGACAUGUCACUAAUAUAUUUAUUUACUAAUAUAUUUAUCCAUUUUUGUCCAGGUUUGAAAAGAUUUCUGUAUAGAGUGAAUGUUUCUGUAUAGAAACUGACCGGUGCCAUCGCAAAUAUAUCAACCUGUCUUCAUUCCAAUUAUAUGCAAAUAAAUUAUUUUGAAAUACAAAACAA